AUUGCGGAAAAUGUAAACUUACACGUUGACAAAAGGGAAGGAGAAAAGAGAACCAAUCUCCCCAGUGAGAGCGAAGAAGCACAAAGGAAACACAAAAGGGAGAUGAAAGGCAAAGCUUAGGAGUCACGCAGCCAAUGGUGUAAAAGCACACAGAUCGCUGACCUGGCAUGAAAUUUCCAAAUCCCGCCUAAACCCCCCAAUUUUCAUUUCGUGCGCAAUUGAAUUUCAAUUUCCCCAACUUAAUAUCUCCGCCUUUCGGCGUCUAAGCUCACCCCUCAAUCUCACACAUACUUCUUCUCUCUCUCUCUCUCUCUCUCUUUUCCUUUUUUCCCUUUCUCUCUCUGUAACACUAACCCUAACCCUAGCUCACCAACCAGGAUUCGACAUGAAGGGAGGUAAAUCCAAGUCAGAUACUAAGAGCGCUAAGCUCUCUGUGAAUAAGAAACCAGCCACGAAAGGUGGAAGGAAAUCGGGGAAGGCUGUCAAGGAUCCAAACAAGCCAAAGAGGCCAGCCAGUGCCUUCUUCGUUUUCAUGGAGGAGUUCCGUGAGCAAUACAAGAAGGAUCAUCCUAAAAACAAAUCCGUUGCUGCUGUUGGCAAAGCUGGUGGAGAUAAGUGGAAAAGCAUGUCUGAAGCUGAAAAAGCACCUUUUGUUGCUAAGGCAGAGAAGCGAAAGGUGGAGUAUGAGAAGAACAUGAAAGCCUACAAUAAGAGACAGGCUGAGGGUCCCAAAGCUGAUGAUGAAGAGGAGUCUGAAAAGUCUGUGUCUGAGGUUAACGAUGAGGAGGAUGAUGAAGAAGGCAGUGGGGAGGAAGACGAUGACGAGUAGGAAGUUCGACGGAGGAUAGCAUAAUCAAUGUAGGCUGUGAUAGUGUUUGAUCAUCUUAUGUUAAUGCUUUGAUGUUUCCAUGUUAUUCUUUUAGAUGCACAUGUCAUCUAAGGGAAAUGUACCUCUGAAUCCUGUUGGUUUCUUUUGACCUUCAGAAAUUAUUAGUUGUAGAUGGGAGAUUUGCUGCUGCUGCUAUAAUGUACUUUUGAUUUAAAGUUGAAUGGCUUAGAUAAAUCUUUGUAGAGAAUUAGUCCA